AUGUCUCAUAUAUUCGAACGAGUGGAUAUCGAGACUUUGAAAAGAGAUGAAUAAUUAAAAGAUGUAUUACGCAAGAUUAGGGAAAAAGUAUUAUCAGGACAUAUCGUAGAGCUGAAGACACUAAGUAGUGAAGUAAGGCCUCACAAUGUCAAAAUAGAUAGGCAGAAUGUCUCGAGAUGAAAAAUAAUAAGUAGCUAUCACUGGUAGAACUGAACUAGAUGGACUAAUUACUAACUCAGAGAGAGAUAAUGGUGCUCUUCUUGAUCAAUCAUUUUCUAAGAAGAUUCAAGGACCGAUUUCUACAAUUGUUUAGUUAAAUCAAGCUUAAAACUCUAAUAAAGAAUCUGAAUUUUCUCAUUAAUCAUUCUAUAGUGAUGAAGAACCCUGGAAUAUUGAUUAUAUCGCAAAUGAUCUAAACUCUUUAGAAUAAGAUUUGAAUACAAAUAGAUCUUCUGAUAUCAUUAAUGAUCUUAAAGCAUUGCUUGAAUAAAUCCGAUUAUUAAUCAUUAAAAAUAUUAACAAAAAAUAGUUUUUGCAUAAAUAUACUGUGUUAGCAUUACGUAGUUUAUAUAUCUUAGGAAAUGCAAUGAAAAUUUAAGGCAAUUACUAACAUGCUAUUUUAUAUUAUGAGAAUUGUUUAACUAAUUUUACAAUUAAUGAACCAAGUUUUAAAGGGAAACUCUUAAUAGAAGGUGGUAAAGUAUGUUUCAUUUCAAAAAACUUUUAGAAAUGUUAACAAUACUUUUAUGAUGCAUUAUUACAUUACGAACAACUUAAUUGGCGUCUUGACAUUGCUUAUGUUCUUACAUUAUUAUCAAGAUUAUAUGGAUGGCUGAGUAAUUAUGUGCAAUAAUUUAAGAAAAUCCGGAUACAGCCAGUAAAUUGUGUUAUGAAAGCUUAGCUAUAUAUCGAGAUUAUCUGUCUGAAGAUGAUGAACGUAUUGCUGAUACAUAUUUCAUCUUAGCUGAAUUAGCAUAUCUUCGAAAAGAUUAUGAUGCUGCAUUUUAAUUUGCUGAACAAUCUAUUUAAAUUUAUGAAUCAAAUAAAAACAAGGAAACAAAUAAUAACAAAGAAUCAAGUGGUAGUUGUUCAGAAUUGAAACCAUAAUUGGCUCCAAUUUACAAUUUAUUAGGAAUCUUAUAUGCUAAUACUAAUGAUUACAAAUUAGCACAAAAAUAUUUUAAUAUAGCAUUUCACUGUGUUAAAUAAGAUUCGCUUAAAGCAGCUUAAAUUCUCAUGAAUUGGGGAAUAAUUUAAGCAUUAGAAUGCAAUUCUGAAUUAGCAUCAAAAGGAAUUUUGAAGGCUCAAAAGAUAUCAUAAAGUUUCUUAAAUAAAAGUGAUUUGCCCUAAAGACUAGAAAGGAAUUACUAAGAAUUAAUAUAAUGA